CUGUCGAACAGUCGCCGCUGUUCGCCCGUCGCGUGUGCUUGACUCGGCGCAUUCCCGGGAUUCGAAAAACAUACUAAAUAUAUUAAUACGAAUAUACAAAAGUGCUGGUGCAUAUAAUAAGUAUACACAUGUCAACAUUGGUAGGCGUAUUCGCGUUGAUAGACCGAGUGCUGAUAGCGCGAUUAAUUAACUAAAACAAUUUGUAAAUCGAGACUAAGUGCCGACUUAAAUAUUAUUAAAAUAAAGUGCUCUUUCAACUCGUUUAUUCAUACUUAUUUAUGUAUAUAGACAUACAUUUAAUUAAAUUGAAAUAACUGAAGUAAUCACACAACAAUGCAAUUGCUAGCAUUCAUCUUCAUAUGGUCGCUGGCCUUGCUCUUAUCAGCAACGACUUCGGUCGCCAUCGAGCCGCCCGACGAUGGCAAAUUGCGCGUUUGUGUGAUAGAAUCACGCGGCACCUAUCGCAAGGCGCCCAAGUUCUGUCCACAAUUGUCGGCGACCAGCAACAUUGAAUGCGUUAUUGGCGUGGAUCGCUUGGACUGCGUCCGUCGUAUACACAAGGGCACCGCUCACUUUGGUGUGCUCACGUCCGAGGACUUGAUUGCGGCGCGGUGGGCAAGCGCGGAAAUCUUGGUGGCCAGUGAAAUGCGUUCGCAUGCGUCGAAUUUCGAGUAUGAAGUUGUUGCCGUUGUGGAUAACAGUGCUGGCAUACACACAGUCCAUGAUCUGCAUGGCGCCAAGUUAUGUCAUCCCGGUUAUGGCUUGGAAAACCACUGGACAGAAGUGUUGGCCAAUUAUUUGGAGUCAACGAUGGUGGCAAAGUCAUGCAAUCCAGAUCUCACGUUGACUGAAGACCGCAUUGCAGCAUCGGCCAAGUUCUUUGGUCCCAGCUGCAAGGCAGGUCCCUGGGUGCCAGACGCCCAACAGGAUCGUACUCUUAAGGAUCGAUAUCCUUCACUAUGCGAGUUGUGCUUCAAUCCCUACAGUUGUGAUCAGAACGACAAGCACUGGGGCCGUCGUGGUACACUUUAUUGUCUGACUGGGGGAGGCGGUCAGGUUUCUUGGGCGCGACUGGAUGAUGUGCGCAGUCACUUUGGCCUUGCGGGUCUGGCAGCUCAAGAUGAUCCAGCGAAAUACAGUUACCUCUGUCCAGAUGGUCAUUUGCAGCCCAUCAAUGUGACAAAGCCUUGUAUUUGGAUCUCAAAGCCAUGGCCUGUGGUGGUAGCACGUCGCUCACAUGCCUCCCAGAUACAACAUUUGGUCACUGGACUGUCGCAUGACGAGCCUCAGAGCUGGCAGAAUGCCUUGAUAAGCUUGCUAGAGACGUAUCAUGUGUAUACCAAUCCAUUGGACAAUGUCAUUCCCAUCAACGAUUAUCUGGAUCAAGCUAUUGGCUAUCAGUCGGCCUACAGCUUCCCUGAAUGCAAUCCGCCACGCUCCAUAGUGGUCUGCACCACAUCGAUUAUACAGCACAUCAAGUGCUCCUGGCUGCAGGAGGCAUCACAAACGUAUGGCGUCGAGCCAAAUAUACAGUGCAUUCGCACCAUGGAUUUGGAGCACUGCAUGGACGAUGUCAAAUACAAGAGUGCCGAUGUGAUGCUGGUGGAUCAGGAGCAGCGUGUUCAGGCACAAAGGGAUUACAAUUUGAAGCCGCUGCUGUACGAGUUUGCGCAGCAAAUGCACGAUCGCUAUGUGACUAUUGCAGUGGUACAUAAGGAUGCCAAGUUCAAAAGCUUUAAGGACUUAAGAGGAGCACGUGCAUGCCUGCCCAGCUAUGAGGGCGCUGCCCAUUUGGCCGUGCAGGAGACCAUUCUAAAUGCAACCGGUAGCAUGCACUCGCUGAACGGCUAUUUCAAUCGCGACUCUUGUCUUUGGAAUCCACAUAAGGGACGUAAGUGUCCAUCGUACUAUGCGGGCGAGGAAGGCGCCUUGCGUUGCCUGGCUGAAGGUGCCGACGUUGCCUUUAUUAGCUCCAACAUCUACAAGAAAUACGUAAGUGACAACAUCACCUCAGAUUGGCUAAAGCAAAGCAAGCCGCAAUCUUACCGCUUGUUGUGUCCCUACGGCGGCACCGAGCGUUAUUCAAAAUUCGAGUACUGCUAUCUGCACUGGACAACGCGUGGCCAUUUGAUGACCCACGAUCUAACAGAGGCGCGUCACAACGAAAUCUACAAUUCACUGCGCGACAUGGAUCAUCUAUUUGGCCGCCAUUACAAGAGCGAAUCACGUCCCUUUACACUCUUUGGUGUCUUCGACAGACAGAACGAUGUACUGUUCCACGACAACACAGAUGCUCUCUUUGGCUUGCAGGAGGUGCAGCGGGAUGAUGCCAGGCGCAACAUGGAGCACAUAUAUCAGCGAUACACAUCGCAGUAUUAUGCUGUCAAAGGAGAGGAGGAAAGCGGUGGACAGCGCUGGAGCAACAGUAGCAAUGGUUGCAUUGUUGUGUUGCUGGCUGCAGUUGCUUUGUGGCUUCAGCAGCGUGUAUAAUACGUUAAUUUAGUCAUGCACAUGUGCACAAUUCAAAUUAUUUAUUGUGAUAUUACUUUAAAUGUGCCCACAGUGCAGUGUAAAUAAUGUUUAGCAACAACACGAAUACAAACAACUGUUUACAUACACCAAUGUUGCAAAACGUAACAAACUGCAAAAGGUACGCUGUUCACAGUCAAACAAAAAGUCAAUUUACUAUUAAUAAGCAGACAAGUACUAGAUGCAAACAAAUUGUAGUCUUUAUAUUUGACACCCUGUACUAUAUACUAGUGAUAUCUUAACAUAAAAAUAUACUAAAUAAACAGUAAAACAUUACCAAACACU